UCACGGCUGGCACAGUGCGUCGGGAUAAGUGGGUCCCCGCUGACCCUGCGCUGGUCACACUCACGCCAUGUGGCGCUGCAGCAGGCGGGUCCCUCUGGCGCUGCGGCUGAGCCGCUGCAGUGCCCAUCCCAGAGCAUGGAGGUGGAAUAGUACGAAAGCCUGCGAGAGGGCGCUGCAGUACCAAGUCGGAGAGAAGAUCCAUGGAUUCACCGUGAGCCAGGUAACGUCUGUCCCGGAACUGUUCCUGACCGCCGUAAAGCUCAGCCAUGACGGCACAGGAGCAAGGUACUUGCACCUGGCCCGAGAAGACACGAAUAACCUGUUCAGGUGA